AUGCCCGGAAGCUGGGAAGGACAAUAUAUCAGACUAGAAGUCAGAAGCACAAAAAACCUUCAAGUCCCUUCUGAGCGCAUACCCGCAGGCAUUUACGUAGUCUUCUCAUCCGACAAAUCUGUAGCGUGGGGAGAUACCGUGACCCUAACACAUGCAUCACCUUCAUUAUCAGUGGAGAUUUCCUAUGAGGUCGACCGAAUGCUUGGCAAUGGCGAAGUCAUCGGAAAACUUCAAACAUCGUGGGAUGACCUGCUCGAUCAUGGAGAUGAACCAUUCGAAUUGUCCUUCCCACCCAUCCGCGGUGUCACUCCUUCGCUCACGCUGAAGGCCGCUGUUGUACACGCUUGCGAUAACAAGGACAAUGCACUAUUUGACUCCCUCGUAGACUGCGAGAUUGCUCGAGAGACAGAUGCGGGCCACGCACGAUAUGCCGAAUACGUUACCAGCAAGACAGUCUCUCACCUGAACGAUGCUUUACAACGUUUUCAGUCGGUUAUGGACCGCUGUUCGGUCGACCAUCCUGACUACGCAGCAGCUCUCACCAACUUCGCAUGGGCCCGCCUUCUAGGCUAUAUUCGAAACCAUCUCCAUGACAUUGAUACCCCCACUUUCCUCUUCCAUACAUCACUUGCAUUGCGUCCUUGCAGAGCAGGGCCGUGGGCAACAGUGGAGACUUACCGCGCAAUCGGAUUCUCGCGGUUCCUACUUCCACCUUCGUACGAAGACUUGCAAGUUGCAGCUCUCAAUGGCCCAGUCAUCAUUCUCAUUGGCAGCAAAUACUCGUGCAGCGCCAUCAUUGUCCCGACGUCAGGAGAGCCCCAUAAUGUUGCCUUGCCAUCUAUCGCCCCCGCAGAUCUCGAGGAUCUCAAGGAUCGGCAGAUGAUGAAGAAGGGUGCGACUCCGUCCUUCGUGGCUAUCGGACAGGGUCAACCGCGUACAGGCAAAGGCAAGGCACUCUUAGCUGUCGACAGUUGGAUCGAGCUUGUCCCUGCGACAGCCAACCGUUCCACUCUUUCUGGCAGCGCAGCCACAUGA